GGACACACCACGGACUUGUUCCACAGUGCACAAUGUUCUAUUACCCGAUACGCAUUUGAACAACAAUUAUGAAAUGUCUCACUCUCAAUGAACGAUUGAGAAUAAAACAAGAGCGUAAAUUUAAAUAAAAAAAAAAAACAGUGACAACUUUGACAAGUCUCGACAAGUGAAUUGAGUUUAGUGCAACUUAGAUCUCAUUUAUGACAAUUUUUGGAUUUAUUAAUUUUAUUUAUUAGUUUUUAUUCACUGAUAGACCAUCAAAAUGCUUACUGUAUCAUUAAAAGAAGCGAUGAAGAUCGGUUUUAUCGGCGGUGGGAAACUGGCGUAUGCCUUGGCAAGUGGAUUCAUAUCAGCUGGUUUGGCAAAAGCAGAUGAAAUCACAGCGAGCUGUCACCCAGCCGAUUUAGUCUCCGCUGAGGCAUUCAAGAAAUUGGGAGCAACUACACUGUUUGAAAACCAGCCAGUAGUUGAAAGGUCCGAAGUUGUGAUUGUGUCAGUCAAGCCUGAUGUAGUGGUGCCAGCUCUUCAAGAUGUUAAAGAAUUGGCCGCGUCAAAAAAUAAGCUGUUCAUAUCGGUAGCUAUGGGUGUUUCGACUGGGACUAUCGAAAAGGUGCUCCCAAAAGAAGCACGCGUGAUCCGUGUUAUGCCAAACACACCGGCUCUAGUCAAUGAAGGUGCUGCAGCUUUGAGCAGAGGGUCCAGGGCGACAGCUGAUGAUGCCAAGGUGGCUGCACAGCUCUUCCGCGCCGUUGGCACUUGCGAGGAAGUGCCUGAGUACCAGAUGGAUGCGGUUACCGCACUAAGUGGCAGCGGGCCGGCUUAUGUAUAUAUGCUAAUAGAAUCACUAGCCGACGGUGGGGUCCGUUGCGGUCUACCUCGUGACCUAGCCCUGCGUUUGGCCACACAGACAACAUUGGGCUCCGCGGCCAUGUUACGUAAUGGUGGACAUCCGGCUGCUAUGAAGGACAAUGUCACAUCUCCUGGGGGAUCCACAGCGGAAGGAACCUAUCACUUAGAGAAAAACGGUUUCAGGUCGGCUGUUAUUGGCGCAGUUAUGGCGGCGACGGAAAGAUGCAAAGUUGUCAAUAAAUUAUAUCAAUAGGUGUAAGAUAAAUAACAAGAAUAAAUUAAAAUUAACAUUGAGUCUCCUAAAUACAUAUUUUGUAAA